AGCGCCUUUUUUCAGCUUAAGCUAGGACACUGUUACCUAAGAGACUUCCUCUUCAAGCGAGGAAAAGUAGACUCUAAAGUGUGCCCCUGCAACUAUAGAGCUGCUCAAGAUCCUACACAUAUCCUACUUAGCUGCACGCUAUUCCAGGAGGACAGAGCAAAGAUGCAAGAAGCUAGCAGGGACCCCCUAUCACUAGCUUUCUUACUACACACAAACACAGGCAUACAAGCUACAAUUAGCUUUAUUAAGGAAACUAAGGCUACAACACAGGCCUGGUAUAAAGGAAACCUUGAGAACUAA